AUGGGCGAUCUACAGCUGCCAGAUGUUGGCGAUUCUGCAGUCAACGCCAAUACCCUGGCAUCGUGGAUCCACGAACAACCCGAUAGUCUCUUGGUGCAACAUGCUGAGACCAUAUUCGGCCUGCUAUUGGAACAGGCAUCACAGCCACGAGCUUCGACUAGAUCCGACAGAGCUCAGCUCGUCGACUGGGCAUUCAGGGCCGACACCGCUGUAAGGCUGUUCGAUUACUACGUCGAGUGGAAUGAGACGGAUCAGCACCGAUCAAUGGGACUGAUCCUUGAUCUUUUAACGUUCCUGAUCGCACACAAUUCUGCUCCCGGAAUCAAAGAAGAUAUCAAAAAGCAUGUGCUUGAAAACCUCAUCUCCAUCAUCAGUGGCCAAUCGACAAGGCCACUGGUCAAGUCUUCCAUGGGCUCUCUCCACCAUUUCUUGACGAAAGACAUCUACACUCUCGAAGACAUCGAGCAAAAGUAUCGCUUGAUCCAGCAGUUCCCACUCACGACACCCACCCUGACUGUCUGGGCCUGCUUUGUCUCGGAAACACUUGCAUGGCAACGACUUCAAUACGUAUCUGCACCUGCUGGCAAAUGCUUGGUCACCAUCUUGAGCUUGAUUCGCAAGACAGCUCUUGAUGCAGCUCAGGACUCCACAUGGAAGUCUUUCACCACGGAGACGUUGCAGAUGUGGCUUCAAGAUGGGCUGGCUCAACACCCAGAAAUCCUCGAAAAUGUCAAAAACUACGUUUUGACAUUUCUCUUCAAGACUGAUCGCCCAGCGUCCCUCGAACUGUUAGACAGGUUGAGUCGAUUCGCCCCAACCGCAAGCAGAGAUCCCGCAGCCUUGGAUACGGCUGCCCUACUACAGUUGGCUGCCCUAGAGGUGGGAAAGAAGGUGGGACUUGUUGAAGACCCCAGCCCAAUACCGUGCGAGCAAGGAUCGAGCGUCAUUGUGCUCGAGGAGAGUGUCCUUGCAAAUGUCCUAGCUCACCCGUCACCUGAUAUCCGGGCUUUAGCAAUCUCACUCCUGAUCUCUUCACAGACGACUUCGAGGCCCUUUGCUGACAGCACAUUUGGCUUAUUGCGGCGAUAUCUGCCGGUCUAUUACGCAGACCCGGAUGCGAAAUUCCGCAACGAGACACUGAGCUAUACAAAAGACCUCAUCAAGAGACUCAAAGGCACGCUUAUAGUCAUGAAGAGAAACCUUGGGCGUCUGGAGUCUGCGAUCGCAAAAAGUGAGAAUCCGGAACCAGCGACUCCCCAAUCUAAAUUCAAAGACAAAAACGGCGAGGCCAGACAAAAGCAGGUCACAGCUUUACUGUCCCUCGGCGUGCCUGACCUUCGAAUGCUUAUAACACAGCAUGAGCUGUUCUACCAGUGGUUUCUAGACUUCUUAAGGCAGGAGCUUGUCUCCACCGCAUCAUACCCUAGGCACAUCACAGCAUUGAAGGCAGCGGCUUUUGUUCUAAAGAUCUCAAGGGAGCUACUUGGUAGCGCACAUGAUGCCACGGAUAUGGAAGCAGUUGAGCGAAUCUUCCGCGAUCCUGCCUGGAUCAGGUCUGUCUUGGAUCUCGCCAUGGAUCCGUUUGGAGAUGUCCGAGAAGUGUCAACGUCUAUCCUGAUGCUUUUACCACCCGAUUUUGCUUCCAUUCCGUUCACGUCAAGCGGGCGACCGGACCAGUUAUCCCUGAUAUCGAUCGUGGAGGAGUUCAGUCAUCGCGCAGAUGUGUUGUCGGCGCGAACGGCGCGAGCUGAUCAUGCCGAUGGCGCAGCACGCAUCCGUGGUGUCCUCUGCGUUUGGGCUUCCGGUGUUGAAUCCCGUCAAGAGCUCUUUUCGCGUACUCUAGAUCUUCUGGAUGAAAAGUUGUCGAUUGCGGAGAAGGACCUGGGACAUGCUGCCAUUGAGAACCCUGUUCACGGCGACUUUGCCUCUCUGGGCUAUAUGUGGCAGGUCCUUGCGAAAGAGAAGUACUCAGACCCCGAUGUCGCCAGCUUGUCUGCUCUGCAGGAACGAAUUGUCAGCUCCUGUAAACGGGUGUGGGAUAUGGUCAGACAUGUGCUGUGUGACGACUCGCCAGAGGGCCAUCUGCCGCAAGACAUGGAAGACGUCGAAGGCCUCGACACGAAGGACCUUUUGAGCUAUAGCUUCCGAGCUAUUCACGAAUCCAGCACCACGAUGCGGAUUAUAAUCAGCAGUCUCCGCUUUAGCCGUGUGAAGGGACUGUUAUUUCCGACAAAGAAGGUGUUUGAAAUGAUAGGCUCGAUAUCGUUUGAUCAGCUGUCAAAUCUGAGGCAUCGCGGUGCCUUUGCGACUGUUUCCCAGACAUAUACGGCAUGCUGUCAGCUGUCAGAAGACCCUCUUGUCAGACUUGAUAACGGUGGGGAGACACUACUGCGUGUUUGGUAUAAGGGUGCGCUUGACUGCAUCUUCUCUCAAGCCUCGACAACGAGACGGUCAGCUGGCAUACCUGCCCUGAUCACAGGAAUACUGGCCGCCAAUGCCCAGGACCCUUCAUUUGACAUGGUCAUGAAGUCACUUGGGGACAUAGCCCAGAAACCUGCCCUUGUAUCGGAGACCGAUGGCUCCAACCUCCCCCAGGUGCAUGCAUUGAACUCCCUGAAAGACGUGUUCAAGAGCUCCAUGCUUGGCAAGCGUGCCGAAACAUACCUUAUGGAAAACUUGCAGCUGGCUGUAAAUUGCCUUAGGUCUGAGGUGUGGGCAAUUCGAAAUUGCGGUCUCCUUCUGCUCCGUAGCCUGAUCGACAACCUCUUCGGCACUGGCGAGAGUAAAGCUCAGCUUGAGACGGGCUGGGAUGGCAAGACGGUGCGGAUAUCCUACGUCAAGUAUCCGAAGCUGCCGGAUGUUUUGGCGUCCCUCCUCAAGCCGGUCAGGGGAAACCUUGAUCUGGACUUGGAGAAGCGGAUAGCCGAAUCUGUUUUCCCGGCCUUGGACAUCAUCCGCCGCGCAGGCCCGCCAGCCUCUCACAGAGAAGAACUGUACGAGUACAUCAGCGAGUAUCUAGGCAGCCACCUCUGGCAUGUUCGAGAAAUUGCCGCUCGUACCAUAUGCUCCUUCUUGAUACAUCAAGACUGGGUUGCGGCCUUGGCACAGUUGCUAGAACGGUCGACCGGCUCGACAAACAGGCUACAUGGAACCUUACUGGCUGUCGAGUUUGUGGUUGAGCGACUUGCUCAGUUGUCCGUGGAUGAUUUGUCACGGAACAUUCCAAGACUCAACAAAGUUCUGGAUGACUUCUCGCAAUCUCACAUCAUCGGUAGCAACUGCUCAGAAGUUCAUGCUGCCUUCGUGGAAGUGGAAAACCUCCUCAUCCAACAUGGAGAUAACAGGACGUCAACACCAGCAAGGAACAGCCUUGAUUCAGUGGACAAGUAUCCCGGAGCUGCAGCUCUCCUGAGAAUUCAGCUCGGCAUCCAAGUGGCCUACCAAACCGCACAAAGCUCCGAUGCAGACACUCUCAAGGCCGCUUUGGACACAGCUAUCAGAACCGAUACGAAUACUGCGGCCAGGAUGAUCGAAGAAAUUCCAGCAGCUUGGAAUAUGAGGCAGUCGUUCGAUAUCGCAGCCAGACUCUGCGAGCUGCACGUGUCAGUAUGCUUACAGUCUGAUAUCCCAGAGAUCAGGGCACCGGCCUUGGACAACCUAGUGGAUGCCAUGGAUCACCUAAUCGAGAACAAGCGAGCCAACCUACUGCCGUCGAACGAGACGCUGACGCAGCUCUGGGCCUCACUGACCCCCGCGGACAUCAACCCAACUCUCUCACACGCCAUCCUACGCCUGAGCGGCCCCGUCAUGGCCACCCGUUGCCUGCGAGCAGCAGACAAAACAUCCAGCGCGGUCUCCACCUGGGCCGCCAUGAUGAGCGACGCGGGCAACGCAGACAACACAUUCGACACCAGGUUCGCAGCCGUGUCCGCCGUCCACUCCUUCUUCGCCGCGCUCAGGGACACCUGCAGACAGCCGGCGUACCUCCCCGUCCUGCUGGUCCUCUACGACGCCCUCGUCGACGACGACGAGGAGGUCCGCGACCUCGCGGCCGCGGCCGCGGGCCACGUCCUCGGCGCCACGCCCCUGCCCAUCCAGGCGCCCGACCUGCUCGCCGAGUGGCUCGCCGCCCACUUCGGCGGCCUCGAGGCCUUCCAGGCCCAGGCCGUCUGCCGCAUUGUCGGCGGCGACCCCGGGCAAGCGUCGGGCUGCUGGACGCCAGCCGAGGCGCAGCUGGCCGAGACGAUGAAAUUCGACGACGCGCUGUUCGUCGUCGAGGAGCAGAACCUGUUCAUCGACGAGGUGCGCGAGACGGAGCGGUGGGCCGGCGUCUUUGCCGCCGCCGCCGAGCACGGCCCGGACUCUGCGGCGGUCAGGGCACUGAGGGGCUGGACGCUGCCGGGCUUGCGAGUCCUCGCCAAGCUUGCGGAGAGCAACGACGGCCCUAUCGGCUGGGCCUCCAAGCCCGAGGUUUACGCCAUCUGCAUGCGCAUCGUCCUUGGUGCGAAGGUGCUUGCGACAGCCGGCCAGAGCGCGGAGGCUGCGGAACUGCUGCAGACGUUCAGGGGUAUGGGAGAGAAGUCCCGUUUGCACGGUGGCUUGUUGGCAGCAGCUGAGAUGUAG